CAACCGAGCCAGAUAAACAGAAACAACACAACAGUGUGGUCGUGGUACGGUGUAUGGUUCGUUUCGUUCAAAUUGUUUUCGGGUAUUUUGGCGUCUCGUACCUCGUUACGGAUUUGGAUUUUCCUUCCGGCGUAUUGAAGAAGAAAACAAUAGCAUCAGUUGGAUAUUAAAGAAUUUAUGAUUUAUUUAUUAUAAAAGCAAGAAAGAUUAAUUUAUAUUUCCAUUAAAAAAUAAACAAUAUCAUACAUGCUUGGUGUUUGUUGUUGUGGAUUGAUGAAGAUGAGUUAUUGAAAGAAAUUAAAAAAAAAAUUGCAUUGAAAUGAAAUACGAUAUGUGAUCAAAUAAAACCGCCUAACAAGUGCUAAGUACAACAACAGCAAGCAACAAAAGAAGAAGCUGCAAAAAGGAACUUUUUUCAAAUUAGAUAAAACAAAAAAAGUGAAAUAAAGUGAUAAAAAGUAUCAAACAAAGAGAUUAACAAACUAAGUGGCGAAUAUAAAGUGAUGACAGUCAAGUACUAAUAGGUGUAAUAAAAAAAAAAAUAACAAAAAAGCAAAACAGCGGAGUCAUUACAUUUUGUUGUUAUCAAAACAAUUGUGAAAAAAAAAAACAAAAAUAACAGCAACUUGGUAUCUACCGGUGUUCCAACAAAAGGGCGAAGAAAAGAAAGAAAACAAAAAAUAAAAAUUUGCCGGUCUAACAAAAAAAGCGUUAUUGUUGUGUUUGUAUCUCAAUUACUUGCGUUUGCUUUGAUUUGACCUCGCUUAGAAGAGUGCCUUUCCUACCCUUCUACAAACCGACCAGCCAACUACGUACUUCCAUCCCCUGACGGUGUUGUCUGCAACAGCCCUUUUAACGAUUAAAGUUUGUCUGAUUCUAAUAUCAAUCGACGUCGGCGACCAGGACGACCAUUCAACCCGCAAGGAAUAUAACAACAAACAAUAUCAAAUCCACCACCUCCUCCCGCCGUUUUCGGUACAACCAACCUUCAAUGCUUUCGAACUUAGUGAUUUAGUUUUGUGCCGCCGCCACCGUUGUUCUUUUCGCUUUAUGCUUACCUACCCAUGUUUGUGUGAUUUGUUUUCAUCGCAGUGUUCUUCGUCAUCAUCGUGUUUUUUUAGUUUAUUUUGCAACACUUGUUAGUUAACCACAUUUUGCCGGCAAAACAUAAACGAGAAUAGCAGCAGCAGCAGCAGCAGGAACAACAACCAUAGUAACUUCAGACUUUGGUAACAAAAACAAAACAUCAUUAACCUCAUGCAUAGCAGCAGCAACAACAACAACAGCACAUCGGCAAAUAUUGGCAAGGCAAGAGUUCUUCUAUAAAAGGGCAAUAAAAAUUACAGCAACAACAAAAACAUCACACAACAUAACAAAGGAGUCAAGAGCACAACGGCCCAGCCAGGCAACCAAAGAGACUCCAAAAAUCAGCAACAACAACAACCGCAAUAUUUGAGAGAACAACAACAAAUGGAAAUGCAAAAUUGAGCUUUUGGUUUGAUUGGCACUUAGCACUUCUCACAUAAAAAUAACUGGAAGAGGAAGAGCUUCAUCUUUGGCAUCAUUGGCUCUCCCUCUCAAGAGAAUAGCCCCACGAAAAUAACAAACAGAGUGAAUAAAAUUUACAACUGCCAAAAGAAAAACUAUUUGUUUUUUUAAUCAAGAAAAUAUUUUUAAAAUUUCUUUCGGAAAAAAGAAGAAAAACAACAAUGUUUUAUAGAACAUUCAACAUUUCCAUUAAUUCUUGCAACAACAACAACAACAACAAAAUGAGUUCCUUUGAAGAUCGCAACCAACCGUUUGCUAAAACAGCAAAAGAAAAAUUAUCCUCAUCAUCGUCACCUCUAAACUGCCUUUAUUUUGGAACAAAUCUUUACCGUCCUUUGUUUAUAACAAUACUCGUUAUAAGUUGCCUACUGGCCAAUGUCCAAUUUACAUUGGGCCAACAUGCCGCUGCACCUCCUCCUCCCAUUGCCGCUGCUCUAGCAUCACCGGGUGGAUCUUCAAUAUUGGAACAAUUUAGUCCGAACUGUACGGUUGUAUCACCAAUAUUCCAGAGUCGUGGCAUCGAUCCAGCUGAAAUUCCACAAAAACCUAGUAAUGAAAUGGGUUUACGCUACUGUGAAUCGCCAUCUGUGGGCACUUGUUGCACACACAGCAUGGAAACGAAAAUGGCCAUGCAGUCACGUCUACAAUUGGAGAAACAUUCCAAAGAACAAAUCCUAAAGAUGUCAAAAACAUUAAGUGAUAAAGCGCAAAAAUUUAACGAAAAUUUUCGCAAACUUUUACAAGAAUCCAAAACCGAAUUCAAUAAUAUGUUCACACGGACCUACGGUGUGAUAUAUCAACAGAAUGCCUAUGUAUUUUCGGAUUUGUUCAGUGAAUUGGAAAACUACUACAAUCGGGGACGUGGUGAUCUCUUGGAUGUUAUGGACACAUUCUUCAGUACCUUAUAUCAGAAAAUGUUUCAAGUUCUCAAUGUCCAGUACACGUUUGAUGAAAAUUACCUGCAAUGUGUCAGCAAAUACAUGAAGGAUCUUAAACCCUUUGGAGAUGUACCCGAUAAACUGUCCGUCCAAAUUAAAAGAUCAUUUGUGGCAACCAGAACCUAUGGUCAAGCUUUGAGUACGGCGGCGGAUGUUUCCAAACGAUUGAUCAAUAUACGUUUGAAUGCCGACUGUACUUCGGCCCUAACCAAAAUGCAGCACUGUGGCUCAUGCAAGGGCUACACGGAAAAGCCCUGCACCAAUUAUUGCGUUAAUGUUAUCAAAGGUUGUCUACACUAUUUCAAUGAAUUGGACACGGAAUGGGAGAAUUUUGCCGGUGCUAUGGACAAAGUAGCGGAACGUUUACUGGGUUCUUUUAAUAUUGUUAUGGUUGUGGAACCAAUUAAUAUUAAAAUAUCCGAAGCUAUUAUGAAUUUCCAGGAUGCCGGCCCCGAUAUUACCACUCGUGUCUUCUCUGGCUGUGGCCGUCCCCCUUUGAGUCGUUCAAGACGCAAUAUCAAUCCCAAGUUUAUGGCAACGAGCGAAGAAACCGCCAAGCAUAGUACAAAACGUUCUGCCGUUGAACAAAUGGAAAGUGAUAUUCUGGAUAUUGAUGCUUCCUUGGAUGAUGCCAUUAUAUUGAGAGAGAAACGUGCUGCUGAUCCCGGCAAUCGUGAUAGCAGUGAGAAUGGUGGUGGCAAUAACAACAAUCGACGCAACAACAAUAACAAACGUAAACAACAAAAUCGUAAAAAUGAUGAUAACGAUUUCAGUGGUCGUGAUCCAGCUCUGGACAAACUGGUCAAGGAUGUACGUCAACGCAUCAAGGACUAUAAGAAAUUCUGGUCAAAUUUACCCCAUCAAAUUUGCAGUAAUGAAGAAAUUUCAACAUCCAGUGAUGCUGAUGGUAUGUGCUGGAAUGGUCAUACAAUUGAUAGAUAUAUGCACUCGGUGACGACUGAGCAUGGUUCCAAUCCUGAAUUUCCUGGAAAUCCUUCCACGCCCAAACAAACUAGUCAAGUUGCCUCGCAAGUCAUGUCUUUAAAAAAUGCCAUUAAUCAUCUGAGAAAUGCCUACAAUGGUCAGGAUGUUGUUUGGAGUGAUGAUGAAGAACCCUAUGAUGGCAGUGGUGCUGGUUCCGGAGCUGGUGUUGAUGAUGAAGACGAUGAUGACGAAGGUUCUGGCUUGGGAAGUCCCUUUACACCUAGCCAUCGGCCAGAUCAUACCGAACGUCCCAAUAAUCGUGUCGACGAUGAAGACGAUGACGAAGAUGUGGUCCAACAACGAACUAAUGUUGGACAUGGCAUUAGCGGUGGCUUACCAACACAAAGCUCUGGGCCACAUAGUCCUCAUGAUACCAACGUACUGGAUGAAGAUGAUGGCGAUCAGCACCAGGGUCAUCAUGACGACGAUGAAGAUCUCAAGUCAAGCGGGUCAGCGAGACCUGAAAAAAUGUCUUUACGUCGCGCUCUAUUCAUGUAUCUAAUGCCAUUGUAUAUGGCUUGGUUUGGUGGCAUCGUUGUCGAUUUGCUGUGAUUUGUUAUUUAGAUUUUUAUUUGUUUUUUACGUUCGUUUUUUAAGUUUUAUUUAAAACAAAAGAAAUUCUAUGAUAAAUUUUUGUGUAGGAUAAACGGAAAGUAGCAAAACAAAAUGAAAAAAUUUUGAACAAAAAAGUAAAGAAAUGCAAAAAAUGUGGGUGAUAGUUAAAACAAAACAAACAAACAAAAUGGAGAGAAAAAAUCUCCUCUUUAGGGAAUUUUGAAAAAGAAAUGCAAAGGUCGUCUUGAAAUCAAGCCUAUUUUAUAGUUCUUCUUUCUGUACAUACAAAUUAUACAUAAUAUUAUGUAUUUCUUUUUUGUUUAAACAAUUGGCUAGAUUUUUCUUUUGGAAAACUAUCUAACUAUCCACACAACUUUUUAUAUUGAAAAGAAACAAUUAACCCCAACUGCCUAAAGCAAUAGCCCUUAACACAAAAUGGGCUUAAAAAUGAGUUAAUAAGAAUUUUAUUUUCAUAAUUAUCAAUAGAAAUAUUGAGAAAUAUUUUUUCUAUUGCUAUAAUUUUGAGAGGUUAUCAUUUAACAUCCUCAGCCAUUUCCUUAGUCAUGAUUAUUGAAAAAUUAAGUAAAAUCUUAUAGUGUAUAGGACUAAAAAGUAAACACACAAUCACCCGAAGCAACAAAACAAUCUAUAUACGUAAUGCAAAUAUGAUGUUUCAAAAACUCCCUCUCCUAAAUCUAACCUAACUUUUUUAUAUAUACACACACACAUUGUAGUUGUUAAGCCUCAAAUAUUUACAUUUAUAAAUUUUAAUAACCAUCGAUAUAUUUAUAUAUUUUGUUAGAUUUUAAAGAAAGUAAAAAAAACACAAUGAUAAAUGUAUAAAUUCUAGACGAAGAAAACGAAUGCAUUUGUAAUAUUAAAUAUUUUUACCUAAAUUACAACUUAAAUGUUACCCUUCCCUUGUGACUCCCGAUCAUUGUAACCAUGAUCCCUCCAAAAGGUGUUUGUAUAAACUAUGUAAAGCAUGUUGUCUGAUUCUAAAAAAUAUCCUGCAUCAUUUUAUUUUAUUGGUGAAAAAUGAAUUUAUCUGGGUAUAUUUUUUAACUGUAUUCUGUCUGUACUAAUUCUUCCUCAAAAGUUCAAAUGUGUUGUUGAUUUUCUCCAAGCUUUGCACAUCUCAACAUUUUAUUUAACAAAAAUAAGUGCCAUUGGUCAACUUUUCUGGUACCAUUUUAAAAAUUAUUUAGGUCCGAAUAUGGACAAUAUCGGUCGGGUACCUCCUCCAUAAAAGAUCAAGUUGUAAAAUAUCCAUUACUCAUAUUGUAUAAAAAAUAUAUACCCUUUUUAGCGAGUAACUUGGAAUAUUACCAUAGGCUGCAGGUAUGAAACUGUCGACAAAGCCGACAGAUACGUUCUAAGCAUGGAAUAAUUAUUGUUUUAUUUUUCGUAGCCUUUAAUAUUUUAACAACUGGAUAAAUCCUAAAAUUUGUAAAAAUAGUUUCAAAGUGAGUGUUCGGCCAAAAACACCUACUCAUUUUAUUUUAUUGGUGAAAAAUGAAUUUAUCUGGGUAUAUUUUUUAACUGUAUUUAAAAUUUAAAAAAUCUGUUAUAAUCCAACACAAGCAAAUAUCCAACGACUUUGAUGACCAUUAUAUGCGCGCUUUCUUUGUUUUUUUUUUUCUGGAAAUAUUUCAAAUGACCCUAUUCUCCUUUGUGGGGCAAAAUGAUUUUUAUAUCUAUGGCAAAUACUAUUAUCUUUCUGCUCUGAAUUCUACAUUUUACCAAAACAUUCAAAACAUCAUUUGUAUCAAACAACAUACUUUAUUUAGGCUUUACAAUUAAAUAACAUAGUAAUUAAAAAUAAUAAUAAUAAUUGUACUAAAUUGAAUUAAAAAACGAACUAGAAAUCGGCGUAUAUAAGAUCGUGUGACGAAGACAAUCGUUAAAAUGUAAAAACGUCACGUCAAACCAGAGGUCGACAUAUUUCAUUCUACGGUGCAGACUAGAGCGACCUAAAAUAGGAUUUGAGUUUUAAAUUAAAUAUCCAAUCACACCUUUGUAUACAUACACAUUUUCAAAAUUCUUUGAUAUUAGGUUUACACAGAAGAAUUAUAAGAAAAAAAAAGAAUGAAACAUAUAACAAAAAUGUGCAAUUUAUUAAAAAAAAAACAUGGAAAACAAACAUAACUACUAAUCAUAAAUGAAAUGAUUAGCGUAAAACUUUGUUCAGCCUAAAAGUAUACUUUAAAAUUCAAUUUAACAUAAAGAAUAAAGUUCGAAACGUGAAAAGUAUCUGUUCCAUUAAGGAAUUUGAAAAAAAAAAAACUCCAAAACAAAUCAUUUAUUUGGUAUAAAUAACAAUUUUAAAUUAAUUAAUUUAUUUAUAAAAUUAAUGUUUGUCCAAAAAGAUUUCUUCCACUAGUUUUGUUUUCUAAUUUAAUUUUGCAUUUAAUUUCUGUUAAGCAAUAUCGAAUUUUUUAACCAAACACUACUUAUUAUUUAGACAUAUAUACAUAGGUACAUAUUUAUAAAUAUAAUAAAACCAUAUGCUUUGCUUUAAUUACCAUUCUGUUUGUAUGUAAUUUUCUAUGUUUUUUUUUUUUUUUUUUUCAUUUGACUGAUUUAUAAUUUAUUUUGCGAUGUAAUUCUUCCAUUAAUACUUUGUAUUGUUUUUUAUUUUAAUUUUUGUAGUUGUGUCUAUUCGUACAAUACGUACCAUCCAUACCAUUAUUUAAGUUAUACAUUAAUUAGUAUCGUAAUAUACAUAUUUACUAAUCACUAAAAGAAAACCCUUAUUUCAUAAUUUUAUAAAUAUAUAUCAUAAUAUAAAAACGAAAUUUCUAUGAUAAUGAGAAGAUGACAAUGAUGUUGUAUGUGACGUAUGUGAUUAUAAAAAAAAAUAAUAAUAAUUUAAUAAACAACCGAAUAUUAUUUAAAGAACA